UUUCAAAGUAACAAAGCAUCCUAGAGAGAGAAAGAUGUCACGCUUGGUUGUCUCAAAGCUUGCGGGACGGCGAUCUACAGUUUUGGAGCUCAAACGAAAGCUUCCUCACUCUCACGUGACGUCACUACUGUAAGCUUCAACGCUCUUCUCUGAGCUGACACUCCAGAGAGCUCGCUCAUUCCCGAACAACACAAGUUGCAAACUUCGUCAGAGCAGCAUCAACUACUCCAGGCCAAAUCUCUCCCCGUCGCAUUGGGAAGUCGUUUUCGAUGUGAUCCUCGGAACCCAUUUUUUUCUACAUCCCUUAUGAUGCUCGCAAAAUGCCGCCAAAAGCGCUCUCUACCAUUCCCGCUGACCAAACUGACCCUGGCCACCUUGUUGAAAGUGUGCUCCUCACAACCCCACCAGCUCAAGCAAAUCCAUGCGCUCAUCCUAACCACUGGGCUCUCGGUGAAAAACAGCCUCGUCACUCAAUUGCUCACCAACCAAGUAAUUUUAGGGGACGUUCAGUACGCACGCAAACUGUUCGAUGAAAUGCACAAACCAAGAACUUUCUUGUGGAACACCCUGAUCCGGGGAUAUGCGAAGAAUGACAUGCCCAUGGAGUCGGUUUCGCUCUUCAGAAAUAUGAGUUCUCUCGGUGUUCGCCCUGACGGAUUUACUUUUCCGUUUGUGGUGAAGGCUUCCACUGAACUGCCCGAGUCCAGGGCCGGUUUGGCUAUCCAUGCCCACGUGGUAAAAUAUGGGCUUGAGUAUAAUGCCGUGGUGAGAAAUGAAUUGAUGAUGAUGUACGUGAAGUUGGGGGACAUGGGAUUGGCUGACUACUUGUUUGAGACUAUGAUAGAGAGAGAUCUAGUGACCUGGAAUUCUUUCAUUGCAGCGUGCGUGCAGAUGGGGUAUGCUAGUAAGGCCCUCGCGCUGUUCCAUCAGAUGGGCUUGGCCAGGGUCAAGCCUGAUGCCGUGACUAUUGUAAGUGCCCUAUCAGCAUGCAGUCAGUUGGGAUGUCUAAACAUUGGCAAUAAGAUUUAUGAAUCUGCUGUAAAUGAUGGGAUGGAGAGCAAUAUUAUUGUUGAGAAUGCACGGCUUGACAUGUGUAUGAAAUGUGGUAGUAGUCAUAUGGCAAGAACUUUAUUUGAUGAAAUGCAUCUUAAAAAUGUUGUCUCAUGGAGCACGAUGAUUUUAGGCUAUGCAGUUAAUGGGAAGAGUGAAGAAGCUUUGGCUCUGUUCUCUAGAAUGCAGAACGAAGGGCCAAAACCAAAUUAUGUCACUUAUCUUGGAGUUUUAUCCGCAUGUAGCCAUGCCGGACUUGUGAGUCAAGGUCGGGCUUAUUUUAACUACAUUGUGAACUCAAAUGAUCAGACUAUUCAGCCUAGGAGAGAGCAUUAUUCUUUAAUGAUCGAUCUCCUUGGCCGUUCAGGACAUAUUGAAGAGGCUUAUAGCUUUAUAAUUGGUAUGCCCAUUGAACCAGAUGCAGGAGCUUGGGGUGCUUUACUGGGUGGCUGUGCAAUCCACAAGAAUGUUAAAGUGGGUCAGGUUGCAGCAGAUAAGCUUUUUGAGUUGGGAGCUGAUAUUGCUUCAUAUCAUGUUCUAUUAUCUAACAUGUAUGCUUCUGCUGGGAGGUGGGACUACGUUGAUAAAGUGAGACUAAAGAUGAGAAAGAAGUGCAUUAAGAAAGUAGCUGCAUAUAGCUCUGUUGAGUUCAACAGCAAAGUGCAUAUGUUUUGCAGUGGAGACAAGUCACAUCCACAAUCUUCAAGCAUAUAUCAGAAGUUGGAGGACUUGUAUAUACAAAUCAGGAGCUUGGGUUACAUCUCAGAAGUUGGUUCUGUUCACCACGACGUGGAAAUGGAAGAGAAGGAAGCCGUGCUGCGUGUUCACAGUGAAAAGCUUGCUGCUGCAUUUGGUCUAAUUAAUGUAGAACCUAAAACCCCCAUUAGGGUCAUGAAGAAUCUGAGGACUUGUGAUGACUGCCAUAAUUUCUUUAAGUUCGUUUCAAGAAUUUGCAUGAGGGAGUUUAUUAUGAGAGAUAAGAGCAGGUUCCAUCAUUUUAGAAAUGGUAUAUGUUCCUGCAAGGACUUCUGGUGAUUUCUCGAGAGCAGCUAUACAAGAGCAGAUUAAUGGUGCAUAGACGUGCCACUU